GGCAGCUGCAUGUAAGUGGAGGCAAGUGGAGGAGGCAAGAAAUUCGAAGCGUCAUACUGUAUAGUCGAGUCCCGGGCUCUGCGUGAGAGCCCUAACCUGGCGGCCGUGCUUCGUCUCGAUCGGGGCGUCGAUUUCGAGUCGUGGAUUGCUCCGACGCCGUGCACAUCGUGUCCGUGGCCGUGGGAUCGCGUCGCGACGCCUGUUUACUCGUUCGGUAUCGCCCGCGGGACAACGCUCGAGGACGCGGCGAUGACAAAGAGCUGAGAGUACGGUGUUCGCAUUGUUCAUGAGAGAUGAGCGGUUCUCGACUUGGCAGGGGCCGGAGUGGCCGCCUGGCCGUAUACGGGGGUUGCGGGGUGGUGGUUGUUCUUUUGGUGAUUCUUUAUCGCGCCGCCACCUCGGAGAUGACCAGGCUUCGAGAACUUCACGUUCAGUGUGCUCAUCAACAGGAAGCUCUCGCCGCUCAACUUCAAGUUAUAUUCGAGUACAAGAUGCGAUUGGAAAAGUCCCUGGCCGAGGAGAAGAACUCGAACGCGGCCGUGAAGCAAGAUCUCCAGCAACGCGCCACUCGUGAGAAGUCGUUGCGCGACAAGGACAGCGUGGAGGCGAUGCAGAGGUUCAGCUCCCUCCAGCAGACUUACAAGCUACUGCAGACGGAGCAUCUGGAUCUGAAGGAGGAGUGCAAGAAACAAGAGAAACAGGCACUGGAGGACACCAAGAGGCUGGAGGCUACGCUUCAAGAUCUUCGCGGUCGCAUCCGGCAAUCGAAAGAGGAGAAGGACAAGUCUUUGGAGAAUCUGAAAACCAAGUAUCUCGAGCUGGAGACGGAGAAGACCAGGCUCGAGGAAAAGUAUCAGGACUUGCUUAGGAACCAUGGCAACGCCAACAGCACCAUCGAACACCUUCAGAAGAAAGUCAUUCAGCUUACGCUCGAGCUCGAGGAUGAACGGCUGCCCCCGUCUAUGAACUGGGCCAUGCAGCUUGGAAACGGAAACGCGGCGAAGCAUCCGAGUGGUCCGUCGCAGCAGCAACAGAGCACUAUGGCGACCAGCUCGAUGAAGUCCAUUACAGCGCUGAAGCUGGAGACAUCAACCUCUCCGGGCAACGUCAAUCCUGCUUCGACGGUCGUGGACAAGUCGCUUCCAAUCGCGAAAUCGGUAUCGAAGGCUAAACUUCCGGUUGGCGUGCCGCCUAUUCCGGUGAUGAUCGAUCAGAAGCCCGAGAACCGCGAGGACAAGCUGGAGGAGGAGUUGCCUAAACAGAAGAAAGACGCGGAGAGCAAAGAGAACGAGGCUGAAAACGGGAACCUGGAUCCUCCGUUGCCAGGGAAACGAAACGACGAACAGCUUCCGGCCAGACGCGAGAACGGAUGGUACAACGUUGGUCCUGGCGUUCAGGAAGUUGGCGACGAACUCAGCCAUCUUCGACUGUCUGGUAUGGAUAAUGGCGCGGAUCAAAAUGGCGAGGCAGGCGACGAGCAGUACGACGGCAUUGACUAUGAUAAAGAAACCCAACAGAAGAGUAGCGAUCUGCAUUUAGUCGAAGCCGAAGACGAAGGCGAAGACGAGGACGAUCAAAUACUAGAUUAUCCGCAUCACUUGAAGCAGGAGAAACACGAAUGAGGAAAGGUGUUUACGAAGGGUUUAGACAAAGGAGGAGCCGCACUCGAGAGAGAACCAAUUAUUAUCAACAAUUAACAGCUACGAUUACUAACCUUUCACUUUGCUACAACUGGCCAUCGACGUUGAUUUACCGUAAACAAACAGAAAAAGACUUUCUCAAAUAGGUGUAUUGCUUUACUUUCUCUCCUCCGUAUGUUCUCAAUUGGGAAAAUCUCGUACAAGGAUCUAGCCAAAAAAUUUAGAUAGUCGAUACUAAAUGCAGAUGCUAUUAUAAACCGCUGCUCGGCCGACGGGCAAAUUGUAUUUUUAUUCAGAAAUUUGUGGACAGGUUCGAGCAGCGCGUCGGUAGAAGAAACAGACUGUAUUUUUCUAGAUUUAAAUCUACGGUAAGCAAAACACGAGCUAACACGAUGAAAAAAAUAAACUAUUGCAAAUGUCUACUUUUUUAGUGGCAGACUAAGCAUCACGAAAAUAGAAGCGUGUUCGACUUACUGUUUACGCAUAGAACGUUAUUCGAAUCGAUAAUUCGACGGACACAAUUGGAUAAUUGAGAAAAUUUUUACGAAUUUUCUUUGCACGGAAUAAAAAUUGUAGCCAGUGUUUAUGAAACUGCCACUGAAAGAGUUCAAUAUCUUUCUUAUCUUAAAGAGACACGUAAGUGGAGUUGCGACUUAAGUGCACUCAUUACUUAAGCGACACGUUGAAAGUUUCUAAAAAAAAAUAUCGCGUUUCCAUGACUUCAAUUGGCUGAACAUUCUUGUCGAAACUGUGCAAUACGAAAGGUGCAAAGAUACACGUGAUUUAUUUAUUGCCUAUAAGCCAUUGUUCAGGCGCUAACAAUCAAGACUUAACAGAAUGAAAGGUACUACU